AUGCACGUUGGUGAAGAUAGUUUGUUGGCCGAUUUUUUCGUGUGGAUGGUUCGGCAGAAAGAUUGCCCGUUUUGGCCUUUUCGCCGUUUUGGCCGUAUCGCCCGUUUUCACACCGCCACCCCACAGCAGAGGCAGACGAAGAAGCCGACGCAAAAUUUGCACAAUUUAAAACUAGUCGACACGUUUUUCCUGCAAAGGUCCUACAUCGACUGCGCCAUAAUCGUGCACGGGCCGAACAACGAGAUAUACCUCUUCACGUCCAUCUCGCCGUACACCAUCAACGUGUGGAUCUUCGUGCCCGGCGAAGGAUCGAAGGAGCUGGACAUAAAGCAUUUGAAAAAAAUAGAGUUUCAGUUAACCCCAGAUGAAGAGGAAUACGGAGAGGAUAAAUUGAAAGGCAAUAAAAAAAUGAUGAUGAAGAAGAAGAAGAAGAGGGUAUUAUCUUUACUCUACGCGGAAGAGUGCAUUUUCGCAGGGUUAGAUAACGGACUCAUCAAAAUAAUGCACCUUCCUUCUUCCGAUUCCUCUACACUGUACGCACACACAGAUGCCAUAUACAGCAUCGUGUGCAUCGAUGGGAUUAUCAUUUCGUCCAGCAUAAAUGGGGAAGUGAAAUUUUGGAAGUACCAGGAGUCGUACCUCAGCUUCGUGACCAUAAAGAAAAUCGAAACGAAAACGAAGAUCUUUAAAAUGAUAGAAAUUAUUUCUUCCAAAUGUGCCUCAGGCAAUAUUAAUAGCAACGCUAAUAUGGAGGAAAAUAAAUUCGGCAGGACGUUGUGGGUAUGUGGGGACAACAUAACGAUUAUAAAUCUCCUAAAUUUGGAGAUAGUCAACGUGGUGAAAUGUAAAUAUGGUAGUGUCGUUUCGGUGAUGCAGUACGAAGCUAACGUGAUUACGGCCAUGAGUGAUGGGAAGAUCUUGGCCUUCAGUCUGAAAGGGGAUAACCAUUUUGAAAUGAACACUCUACCCAUUUUCUGCAUGGCCGGUUUGACUAACCACAAGAAUGUGCCUAUACUUAUCUACGGCUCCACCAAAGCGCUGUACACUUUUUCCCUCCCCGAGUUUAACCCGUAUGGCUAUUUGAAGGACCGCGAGUCGAUGACUCUGAAAUUUAAUAUCAACGACCCGGACUUUAUCCUGCAGCUUUCCGGCCCCUACUUCAUCGUGCUCUUUUCCAACGCUGGCAACGCGAAAGUGUGGAAAUGGGAGUCAAAGGAUUAAUUCCCCUGUUUAAGCAGCAGAGGAGGGAAGCGGAAGAGGAGGAAGAGGAAGAGCCCCAUUUUGACGAAGUCGCUUCCUCGUCCGUGCCUCUCCAGCCCCAGCACGUGGGUCACUUUCCCCCUGUUUAUGUGUGUGCACGCCCAGUUGUCUACGGCGCGGCUGCCUACAUUUUUGGAGCUCCCCACUUGGGCACACAACCUGUAUGUUUUUUUUUGAAAAAUUAAAAUUAACCCCUUUUUUAAGCAAUUCACUUUAGUUCACCCCUUCUGCCCUACUCCCCAGUUGUACCAUUUAAUUGUGUUCACAUGUGAAAGUGUAUUUUCUUUCAUUUUGCAUUUAUGUGAAUGAGCGGCCACACGGAUAUGCGCUGCAGCGCGCGGCAGACUUUGUUUCCCAUUCAGGAGG